AUGUUCUUCCUGGUGUUGCUCUAUACGGUCAUUCUGAACUUUGUCCACCAUUACGCCUACGCAGAGAAGGAGUGCAAGACGCCAACGAGCCAUUGCUCGACGUCGUUGGUUCCUACAUCGCACGGGCAAAGUCACUUUGGAUCAAACUCGACUCGCAUCCCUUUAUUGGAGACUACGAGCCCAUCACAGCAGAGAUCUUCAUUUUCUCAGCAAGAUCAGAGCAGCAAUGGCAUCCUUCGAAGACCCAUGGCGCUGCAGAUUCUGCAUGAGGAUGGUGAGUCCAACAGCAGACACAUGUGGUGGAUGCUGGGGAACGUGGACGAUGUGCCACGACCCUACCUACGUGCACAAGCGACCGCAAAGACGAGGAGGAGAACACAAUCGCCACGUCAACGGAACGCCAACAGACGUUCCAAUUCCAGACGAACGCAAUGGAGAACAGAGCCCCCAGAACCUGCCGGAGGCAAGGGUCACGAGAAGGGCAAGCAGCAGGAAAAAGGAGGGGCUGCGGCCUUUGGGCACUUGCCGCCCUCCACUACCUGGAUUUCACCUCCGGAAGUGCCGUUUGACAAGGAGGACGCAGAGCUAUUAGCACUUCGCCAUCUCCAUUCUCAGAUUCGUGGACAAGCUGGAGAACAAUCGGAGGAAGUCAGGAAAGCGCUGGCGGUCAUCGAGGCCAACACUCGCAAAGACGAUGCGAAAAGUUACAAGCAGCUGAUCUACCUGCUGACUCAGGCACGCAAAAAGCUCUCGGAUGUGGAGGAGCAAUGGGACUCUUUCCGCUCCCAAUGGUCCGAUUAUCUGGACAAGGCCACCAAGAUGUGGACUGCUCACAUAGACUCUUACGAGGAAGGCGAGCAGAAAUUUUCCGAGAAGAGACGAGAGGCCGCCCUCUAUCUGCAGUACAUCAGGACGCAACUCCACGAUGUACAUGUGAGGACUAUGGCCAUGGAAGGGACGGUGCCGUCAGGAGAGUUACAAGAAGGUCAGACAGCCUUGGAUGCCACGAUGACGAUCGAGGAUGUGGAGGAGCCCAUCGCCGAGCCACAACUGGCUCAAUUGAAGACAGACCUGAAGGGAGUCGUCCAGAAGGUCAAGGACACCAUCGAAGAGAAGAUGAGCAAAAGGUCCCUAUCAGCACGUGCUGGGGAUGGGGACGACAUCCAAUUGGUCGAGGCCAGCUUGGCGUGCUGUUCUACAACAGCCAGCUGGAGAGGCGAAGGGCGAAAAAGACGACGAGCACGUUUUCGUCGUUUGACCUUUUGGCCAACAGUGGAAGCUGUCACGAGCCGAGGUCGAGUACAAUAUGAAAUAUGCAAUUUGCUUGUCGAUCACAACACCAAGAUUGAUUUUGAUUUGAAUGCCAAUCAAUGCGGGUUUGUUGAAGGCGUUCUGCCCUCACUUCACUCUGUUGUCAUGGAGGAAGACUAUAUCAAUCUUUGGGAUGCCCAGAUCCGAGCACUAUGGCUUGAGCAUUCUGUUCAGUCACCAAUUUUGGCACCUCACCUUGAUGGCCUAUUCUUCGAGCACUUUCUCAAGGACAAAAGCCAUCCAGUUCCAGUUUCAGAUCUACGGGAACUUGGGAUUCUGAAACAACACGGGCCUGAUCAUGGAGAAGUUCCUAAUCUACCAGAUCCGCCUGAACAUCCAACAGCGCCACAUCCAGAACAAGGACAAGCUGACGCGCAUACGCCGAGCCAGCCCUUGCACAGAUUCCCUGUCUGGACCCAAGAACUAUGGGCGCUGCUUCAAAAUGCAGGUGCAACUGAGCUUUUGGAAGAAGGUCCCAUCAUGUACCUGGACUCUUUCUACAUCAGCCACGAGACAUGUCGUCGUCAAGAGGUGAACAGACCGGUUCGUCUUGACCGCAACUAUGAACAGUGGGCCAUGACGAUCAAAGAGGUCUGGAUUGACUUUUUCGACAGGCAUGCUGAAUUUGAAGUUUUCCUGAUUCAGCCGAACCCACCAACACCCGUCACUAGAGGAACAGUGGCUAGUCUACUUGUUGUCCAACAUCCUCUACGACAUCAGGUUGCCGGAUUGACCACUGCCAUUGUGGACGAUAUUGCAGGACACCGCAUUGAUCAGGUAGCACACUCUUUCACUGAUCGAUUGUCACACCGACAAAUCUUGCGUCAAGCGGCUGUCCUCAAUGACUGCCUGGAGAUCGAAAGACGAGGUCAAGGUGCCUGCACAAUUCGAGCUGGACCACAUGUAUUUCCACCAGAUCAAGAAAUACGCCUACAUGAUGGCCUUGGACUAGUCAUCGAAGUCCCAAUGCUCAUUGAUGAGGAGCGCUGGCAACGCUUCGUGGUGCCGAGAUUACGAGAAAUCAAUCCCAGAGACAUACAUCCGCCAGAACCAGUAUUUUCCGAAGAACUGCACAUUGGGCACCGAAGAUCACCACCAUUGACACACUUUUCAGGCUUUUGGGUCUCACCUCGACAUAUCGGCAACAUGCUGACCGCAGUCACCUGUGGCACAACAACAUCCGCAUUGACCUGUGGAGAAGUGCCCCACUACAUAUCGCAGAUGGCGAUUAUUUGGAAGUCUUCAUUGGAGAUCUUGAUUGUAGAGAUACACUACACAGUGAAAGUGAAGAAGAACCACAGGCUCUCCUUCAAGUUUCAAUUCCGCAAACACACAAGGUUUCGGAUCAACAACAACAACAUGUCUCAAGUCUUGACGCAUGCCACCCGGGUGAGCGGCACCGCCAUAUUCGUGGCCAAAGACAGAUUCCAUGGUGGUGAUUCCAUGGUGGUGAUUCCAUCUCACGACAUGCAAUAUGGCAAUGUGAACAUGGGCAACACCUGGAACUUCAUGUGCGUGAACGCCAAUGAAUGUGGGCACUUCGAUUUCAAUCCCAAUGCUGCAGCCUUCUUCCCGGAUCAACUGUCUAUCUUUGGACAACCUGAAUACAUCCAAGAUCUACAAUUGGCGUGGCAGUUCAGCGCCUUUGCCUGGGAAGAGGAGGAGGCAUCUAUUGUUGUGGCGGUUUGGUUCGUGGAUCAUCGCUGGCACUGGCCACAUCACGACAGAUACAGAACAGCCAGGCUUUAUGCAGAUUUCACUCAAUGGGAACAGACCAUUUUGAGAACAUGGCGAGAUUUCAUCCAGCCAGGCACGCCCUAUGAAAUCAGCAGGGUCACGCCCACGCCACCUUCGCGCCACAAUGAAGCCAGCAGCCACAUCGUGAUCAUACAACAUCCAAGACCUGACUGGGUGACCUCUGUAGUCACCGUGCAGGACUCGUAUGCAAACGGUCCUAGCACAACCACACAAUGGGCCAUCACCACACACGAACACAUCCUGCUGGACAAUCUCCUCCUUGUGAUUGGAAGACUUAGCCAAUGCACGGGAGCACAUCCUCAACUUCGAUGUCAGGCGUGGUACAACACGGAGAUCUUGCAGCUUGGACGACCAAUACCUGGGCACAAUGGAUAUGGCAUCAUCAUACACCUGAGCCCUCAGCCAGCUCCGGUACAACACAAUGCGGCAGAAGGACCAGUCCUGCUCCAAUUGUCAGCCCUUCUCCAACGAUCUGAUGAUAAACCAGGGGAUUGUGAGCGCCUAACAACUGAUUCGGUGGCUCAAGAUCAGUGGCCUCAAUCACCCAUGUAUUUCCCAGAAGUUGGUGACCUACAGCGGGCGGACUGGAAAGAUGAUCAAGCCAAGAUACUGGUCCAGAUUCUUCAUGAUGCACCGCCCAUUCUGUCAUCUGGCAUCCCCACUGCAAUCGAGAUCAACGAGAUCUAUGCGGCGCAAGAUGUUGAGCUGGAGCUAUAUCGGCAUGGGGACUUCAAUGCACUGCAUAUCUUUGUGGAGAACAUGACACAGUCUUUGCUCAUUUUGCCGCCGCUGAAGAAGACCAGAGCCGUGAUUCUGUAUGAAGAGACAUGGAGGACUCGAGUUCGUUGCCUACACUUUGAAGAUGUGAAGCCACAACACGAGCUGCGACAUCCAUGCCAGCGAAUCCGAACGCCAUGGCCUGCACCCCAACCACAGCGACCUCAUCAGCCAGCGCCAUUUCCAGUCUUUAGUGAUUUGCCAGAGGCUACUGCCUGUACUCUGGAGCUUGACACUGCCGAGCUUGAACAGAUGCUUACAGCACCCCAAGACUAUCUAUGGACUGACUACAGUGUCUUCGAUCUACCAGACUUCAUCAGAAGUGCGCUUGACUCUUGCCAGCCGGUAGAUCAGAUUGACCGCUAUGUCAUCUACACGGAUGGGUCAUCACAGACAAAACACCGCCAUCGCCCCCCACUUUGGGUGGCUGAGCGUGACAUCAGUGACUCUUGGGCCUUUGCAGUCUUUGCCGAACAAUAUGCUGACGAAUCAGGAAGACCAUGGAAGCUCCAAUUCCUCGGGCUUCAGUGCCAAGUUGUACUGUAUGAGGCCACAGCCUCACACUAUAUUGGCACGACGAAGAUCGGAUCAGAUGCAUCAGAAACUGAGGGCCUCUUCUGGUCGGGCAUGUGGCGGCUCGCCCAAAACAAUUGCAUUCCGACCGUCUUUGUGAGCGACUCCCGUCUGACUGGAGACCAGGCAAUGGGACGCAUAGGCAUUGCAGACAUCAACGAGCCCUACCGCAAUCUGCGGGCAGUCUUCCAAACUUUGGCUGCUUGUCUUCCAGGUGGAUUUGCCCCAACUGACAUGCGGAGGUUUGCACCCAUCUCUCUGCCGAGUAAGAGGUCCGACAUGCAGUUUGAAACACAACCAGCAUCAAUGCAGAAGACCAACUUCAUGCUGAGUGCAGCUUCUGCCAAUGUGCAGACAUUCUACAGAGGACAAGAAGGCUAUGCCAACAAGCUGACGUAUGUCCGAGAGCAAUUUGUGGCGCAUGGCAUCAAUAUUCUUGGCUUGCAAGAAUGUCGCACAGACACUGGUGCGUCUCAACACCAAGAUGUUCUUCGGCUUGCUGGUGGGUGCGACAAAGGAUGCCUUGGCAUUGAGAUUUGGAUCAAUCUUGCCCAGCCUUUUCUUUAUCAAGGAGGCCAACCUCAACGAUUUACCAGAGGUGACUUUGUUGUUGUUGCGAGAGAUCCCAGACACCUUCUGGUCCAUGCGAAGAACUCUUCCAUUGAUCUUUGGCUUCUUGCUGCCCAUGCUCCACACAGUGGUGCUGACUCUUCAGUCCGUGAAGAAUGGUGGCACAAUCUCUCCACCCUGAUCAGCACACACGCAACUGGGGACAACAUCAUUAUUAUGAUGGAUGCCAAUGCGGCCACAGGACCACAAGACGGAAGGCAUGUCUUCAACAAUGAUGACAAGACAACGGCCAAUACAGGACAUUUCCGUGCCCUUCUCCAUGACCAUUCACUGUGUGUGCCUGCGACCUUGGACACCCAUGAAGGACCACAGGGCACGUGGAUCAGCCCAGUUGACGAGUCCCUGCAUCGCAUCGACUAUGUCCUGAGCAUCUGCAUCGCUGCUUUGCGGCGUGGCGAGGGCAUCUUGGGGACCAAGAACAACAAGCAUCCCAGCACUUCACAGCGACUGUGCGCCAAACGGCAUGCGGUCCAGAAGGCGAUUGGAGAGUUGCCCACAGACAGUGCCGCAUCCCAGAUCCUCUAUGCCCUGAAGCCUGUGAUUGGUCCGACCAAUCCUAAGCUGCGCAAAGCCACACCCUUGCCUCAAGUUCUGCAAGCAGACGGAACACCAUGUGACAGCCCUGCCUCUGACCUGCCGACACUCACAGACCUUGAAGCGGCAUUUCGUAGAGUCAAGGACCACAAAGCUGUGGGAGAAGAUCACAUUCCACCUGAACUAUGCCACCACUUCCCUGUGUCCAUGGCAAGGUGGGCGUACAGCCAACUUUUGAAGCUCUGUACACACGGACAAGAGGCCUUGUUGCACAAGGGCGGGGUCCUUGUAGCCGCAUGGAAGAAAAAAGGCCCUCAACACCUAUGUGAGUCUUAUCGCUCCCUGCUGAUCAGCUCACAUGUGGCCAAAUCAGUCCAUCGAGCAGUCCGGGACCAUCAGUCAACCAUCUAUGAGGCCUUCUUACAAUCGGCCCAAAUAGGUGGCAGAAAAUCCAUCCCGGUGUCGCUCGGCGUGCACUACAUCAGAGCUGCUGCCCGCAGAGCAAAACACCUGAGCAGAUCUCACGCCCUGGUCUUUUUAGAUCUCAGAGAAGCGUUCUACCGUGUCUUGAGACCAAUCUCAGUUGGUGGCCACAUUCCUGACUCUUUACUAGCCACGGUGGCAGCCCGGCUGCAUCUACCAGCUGAUGCUUUGGCGGAUCUUCAAGCUCUACUCCAACUUCCCUCUGGCACUAGCAUGGCUGGCUUACCAUGGCAUAUGUGCCGAGCCCUGCAAGCCUUGCAUACCAACACACACUUCAAGAUGAUGACCCAGACGGAUCGAGUUCACACUCUCAUCGGCAGCAGGCCUGGCGACCCUUUUGCCGAUGUAGUCUUUGGAUACAUGUUCUCUCGAAUUCUCACCAUUGUCGAGAAGCGUCUGGGGGAGAUUGGCAUCUUGGAGACCUUCGAGGAUGCUGAGGCCACAGGCAUCUUUGUCGACGCCGCCAAUGCACCCAUUGUGGAACAUACCCUGCUUGGGCCAACGUGGAUGGACGAUCUCUGCCUGACUUUGUCCCAUCAGACAGCUGCAGGGGUGGAAAGUCAAGCAGGAGUGGCGGCCAGCAUUUUGCUGGAGACAUGCACAGCACAUGGGGUUACCCCCAAUCUUGACCGUGGAAAAAGUGAAAUCCUGUUCACCUUUAGAGGAGCGGGAUCCAGGAAGCUGCGCGUCAAAUACUUCAGUGCCGCCAACGGACAACAAAUGCCCAUCACCACCGAAUAUGGCACGCAGAACAUCUCUGUUGUUGGACAUUAUACCCAUCUGGGCAGUAUAGCUCACCACACAGGCCUUUCACACAGAGAAGUUCGACGACGGAUUGCGAUUGGCAAUGCUGCGUUCGCGACACACAGAAAACUUCUCUUCCAGAAUGCGGCCUUUUCGCUUCAACGCAGAGCAGAACUGUUCCAGUCACUGGUGGUCAGCAAAAUUGCUUACAGCAUGGAAUCAUGGACAUUUGGCGACAACAAGACCUUCGAGUACUUCCGUACCGCCAUUCUGCGCCUAUACCGCAGACUGCUCAAGUUGCCGCCAGACGCAGCGAUACAAGAUGCAGACGUGUUGACUCAAGACAUGCUCCGCAUUGUGAGGCUUCGCUAUCUUGGUCUUCUUUACAAGUGUGAAGCAGUCACACCGUGGGCCAUCUUCCGUGCUGAUCACAACUGGUUGGCCCUUCUUUGCGAUGAUCUGCAAUGGUUAUGGGCUCUCAUAGCAGACACGAGCAGGCUGCGAGAUCCUGCCCAACACUUUGAAGACUGGGAGUACGUGCUCCGGUACCACCGUAGCUAUUGGAAAACACUAUUGCAACGUGGAGCCCGGCUCAGCUGCAUGAAAAGAGAAGAUGAUAUGAUGAUUCGUCGACUACAUCAAGAUGUUCUUUGCCAUCUAUCUGAUCGAGGUCGACUUCACACAGCUCCUGUCCGAGAACUUUUUGAUGAACGUCAGCAGCAGCACCACUUUGGAUGCAUGUACUGCGCCAAACGCUGCCGCUCAAAGGCAGGAGAAGGAGCACAUCUCUUCCGUGCACAUGGAAUCGUAGCCCAUGAACGACAAUGGAUUGCUGGCACCAUAUGCGAAGCCUGCCUCCGUGAAUUUCACAGUCAUGACAAGCUGCAGGCUCAUCUGCGCACUGCGCAUUAUUGCCGCGGCAUACUCAGCUCGAGACCGAUCUAUCAGACAGUUGCCCCAGGCAAAGGUUCGAAGAUCAACAACGAGCUGCGAGAGCAGCAUGACGGUCUAUUACCAGUACAGAGAGUCCAUGGCCCACAUCGACAAGAUGUACCACCAGGACAAGUUGAACUCCAUCAUCAACCACUAUUCGAGGCUUUAGCGCUACAGAUCUAUGAGACGGACGAGAAGGACCUCGCACGACUGUUUGCGGCCCUGCAGAACACCAUCAGCGAGCACUACAUUGGAUGGACUCAAACGCGCAUUACCCUGCAGGCGGUGGCUCAAGGGUUCACAGAAGAAGCUGUCAUGGAUACGCACCUCACACGGGAGCAGAUUCAGCAACUUCUUUCUGACCUGGGAGACGCAGCCCAUUGGCCGUUUCUCCAAGCCGUUGAGACCGAUUCUGCAGAAGCGUCCCAUCUAUACCCCCUAGAGCUCUACGAGCUGUGGUGCCAUGACUUGGCCAACCUGGAGUGCGCCUGGAGCCCUUUUGCAACAACCUGCCCUCGCGUCUUUUACCGUGAGCGCGUGAUCCUGCACGCCUACUCCGGCAGACGGAGGCCAGGAGACUUCCAGUGGUUCGUCGACAAGAUCGCGGCGACCAAGCACCUGCAGGAUGUCAUAGUCGUAUCGGUCGACUUAGUGAUCGACAGCACCUGGGGGACAUCAGCCGUCCCAGUACACAGAAAUACUGGCUUGAUGCCAUGGGAGAUGGCUACGUGA